AUGGUGGGCUCCAGUCGUGGAAGACCAGGAGUAGACCAAAGAUCCAAGUCCGGUGUCGGUGUAUGCGGUGGUGACUUGUUUGAGGAGUUAAACCCUCAGUUUGCUUUUGGUGACACGUCAAUUGACUACUUGGCCAGGCCUGUGGCUUCAGACUUCAACAGUGAUUAUUCUAAGGAGUCAGAUACAGUCUUCAAUAAUGACUACCAAAACAACAACAUCGACAUCGACAUCGAUAAAGAUAACGAUAACUGGUCUCCUUAUUCUUAUGACUCAAGCUUGACCCUGAAGAUGCUUGUGAAUGUUCCAGUGUUUGCUGCAUUUGUUAUAGCCUUGCUUGCUCUGUAUUGGGGUUUCUCCAGUGCUGAAGAAGUGUCGGUGGUUCACAUAUUAGGGCUCCUACAAUACGUGACGUUUCUUUCUUCUUGUAUCAUUGCCAUUGCUCCCAUUGUGGCCAGGCUAAUGUCCAUCAAGUUGCUUGGUGGGGGAGAGUCUAGCAAGACUCCUUUUGAAACGAAAAUCUUAAGCACCUUUAAGAUCAACCCCUUUAUCUUGAGUGUUAUUUCCACUAUAAUUGAGUUCAUUGUGUUCCAGAAAUUGCUGGUAUCAACUCUUCUGAUUAUCAUUAACAUCUUUCUUCCAUUAACAAUUGUUGUUGAUAGCAAGGCAAAGAUAACACUGCUUAAAUUGAAUGACGAAUCUGUUCCUUCAUCAGAGAAUUCCCCGACUAUUUCUUCAGUUUCUCUUGUACGUGAAUUAUCAAGUCAUAAAGACACUAAAGCCAUAUUCCAGUUUCUUUUAUUGAACACUACAUUUAUGUUUGUUCAAUUAUUGUACUCCUUUAGAUCAAAGUCUUUGGGUUUGCUCUCUGAUUCCUUGCACAUGGCUUUGGAUUGUGCCUCCUUGGUACUUGGGUUGGUUGCAGGGGUUCUAUCCAAAUAUGAAAUCGACCCCAAUGGGAAAUAUCCUUUUGGUUUAAAGGCAUUUGAAACUCUAGCUGGCUUUGCAAAUGGAACGUUACUUCUUGGAAUCAGUGCAUCUAUUAUUUUUGAAGCUAUCGGGAGAUUAUAUCAUCCUGUACAUUUGCAGAAGACAACUGAGUUGUUAGUUGUUUCUGUAUUGGGGUUAUUGGAAUUGCAUUUACUGCUCGUGUACCUAUAUUCUGUUCCUUAUUCAAUGUCGCGUGUAGGAGUGUUGGUGAUGGGCCCGGCUGGAGCCGGGAAGUCUACUUUCUGCAACGCCAUCAUAUCUCACAUGCAAUCGAUAGGAAGAAGAGCUCACAUCGUCAACUUAGAUCCCGCAGCUGAGCCAACGGAGUAUGAAUUCACCAUUGAUAUUAGAGAGUUGAUUCUGUUACAAGAUGUGAUGGAAGAAAUGGACUUGGGCCCGAACGGAGGCCUUGUUUACUGUUUUGAGUUUCUUUUAAACAACUUGGAUUGGUUGGACGAGGAAAUUGGAGACUAUAACGAUGAGUAUUUGAUCUUUGAUUGUCCCGGUCAAAUAGAAUUGUAUACUCAUGUUCCAGUGUUACCCACCAUAGUAAAACAUUUACAGACCUCGUUGAACUUCAACUUGUGUGCUACAUAUUUGCUAGAGGCUCCGUUUAUUAUUGACUCGUCCAAGUUCUUUUCCGGAGCUUUAAGUGCCAUGUCGGCCAUGAUCCUUUUGGAGUUACCCCAUAUAAAUAUCUUGUCUAAAAUGGACUUGAUAAAGGACGAAUACAGUAGACGGAAACUAAAGAAGUUUCUCAAUCCUGAUCCUUUGCUUAUGGCCGACGAUAAAGAUAGUCUGUUCAAUCCAAGAUACCAUAAGUUGAAUAAACUAAUUGCCAAUUUGGUUGAUGAUUUUGGCAUGGUGCAAUUCUUACCCUUGGAUUGCAAUAAGGAAAGCAAGUCAGUCGAGAACAUUUUGAGUUACAUCGAUGAUGUCACUCAAUGGAGUGAAGCUCAAGAGCCGAAGGAACCUAAAGAUGAAUUUGAAUUGGAAGAUGAUGAUGAUGAUAAUGAUGAGUAA